CUUCCUGUUGAAUGUUUAAUUGUGAGCAAAUAUAUAUAUGCAUAAGAAGGAGACGUAGAUAGAUAUAGAGAUUCAUGAUUCAACCAGGAGGGAAAGCAUGAAGAGGAACAGCAACAACAACAAUCCUCAAACGAACAAGCAUAGUUAUGUCUGUCUUAAACCGGAAUCGCAUCCAGCAAAAAGCAUCGCAAAAGCUACUUUCUUUCUCGUCACCUCUCUCUUCAUAUCUGCUGGUCUCCUAGACUUAUUGGGUUGUUUUGAUUUUACAACUUUUGCAGGUCUGAAGCAAGUAACAGCAGUCAGAAAAACACCACCAAUCACGAACCAAAGAUUCCCUGACCAAUGCGUACAGAACCAGACACGACAUCAAACUCAAUUUCCCGAAGAUGGCUCCUCCUCGAGAAACAACAGCAACAAAAACAAACCAAGAAGCAACCAUUCACGACCAUCCACGUGUCCUUCUUACUUCCGUUGGAUCCACGAAGAUCUACGGCCAUGGAAAGAGACAGGUAUAACGAGAGGCAUGCUUGAAAAAGCGAGGAGGACGGCCCAUUUCAGGGUGGUGAUCCUCGACGGGAGGGUGUACGUUAAAAAGUACAGAAAAUCUAUUCAGACGAGAGACGUUUUCACUCUGUGGGGUAUCGUACAGCUGCUACGGUGGUACCCAGGUAGGCUGCCAGAUCUUGAGCUCAUUUUUGACCCAGACGAUAGACCAACCGUCCGAUCGAGAGACUUUCAAGGUCAACAGCAUCCGGCCCCGCCUCCUUUGUUCCGUUACUGCUCAGAUGACGCCAGCUUGGAUAUCGUCUUCCCUGAUUGGUCCUUCUGGGGCUGGGCUGAGGUUAAUAUAAAGCCUUGGGGUGAAUCGCUAGUGGCUAUAGAAGAAGGGAACAAGAUGACGCAAUGGAAUGAUCGUGAGGCCUAUGCUUAUUGGAGAGGCAAUCCUAACGUAGCUCCUACCAGAAGAGAUCUUCUAAGAUGUAAUGUCUCAUCACCACAACAAGAUUGGAAUACUCGUCUCUACAUCCAGGAUUGGGAUAGAGAGUCUAGAGAAGGAUUCAAGAACUCAAACCUAGAGAACCAAUGCACACAUAGGUACAAGAUUUAUAUAGAAGGAUGGGCGUGGUCAGUGAGCGAGAAAUAUAUAAUGGCAUGUGACUCUAUGACGUUAUACGUGAGACCUAAGUUCUAUGAUUUUUACAUACGUGGAAUGAUGCCAUUACAACAUUAUUGGCCUAUCAGAGACAACUCUAAGUGUACUUCCCUCAAAUAUGCCGUACAUUGGGGGAAUACUCAUUUGGACCAGGCGCGUAAGAUAGGGGAAGAAGGGAGUAGAUAUAUAAGAGAGGAAGUGAAAAUGGAAUACGUGUAUGAUUACAUGUUCCAUUUGAUGAACGAGUAUGCGAAACUUUUAAAGUUUAAGCCGGAGAUCCCGUGGGGAGCAACGGAGAUUACACCGGAUAGUAUGGGUUGUCCGGCGACGGGACGGUGGAGAGAUUUCAUGGCGGAGUCGAUGGUGAUGUUUCCCAGUGAAGAGUCUCCUUGUGAGAUGCCUUCUCCUUAUAACCCUCAGGCUCUAAGAGAUGUUCUCGAGAGAAAAGCUAAUUUGACUCGUCAAGUUGAGUUGUGGGAAGAUCAAUACUAUCAUGAUUUGGCCAAUACCAAAAAGCCUUCUUAACCAGAGAGGUUCUUGUUUUUUUUAUAGAUUAAUUUACUUAUAUAUUGAAAUUAGUAAGAAAUUUCCCCGACUAGUAUAUCAUGAUUCAUGAAUCUCUAAGUUACAUUUUAUCUU